AUGCCACCCUUACUCUACCGCGCCGGCGUGCGCCCAGUCCUCGCCCCCGCCUCGAGCUGGACAUGCGCACCAUGCAGGCUUAGAACCACCCGUCGCCUCACCACCGCGGGCGAAAAGCCGUACUAUGUCACCACUCCCAUCUUCUACGUCAAUGCCGCGCCCCAUGUCGGCCAUCUGUCCGCCAUGGUCCUUGCCGACAUUAUCAAGCGCUGGCAACUCCUGGAAGGGAAAAGCGCCCUGCUGAGCACCGGCACCGACGAACACGGCUUGAAGAUCCAGCAGGCCGCGGCUAAAGCUGGCAGCGAGCCGCUCACAUUCUGCGACAAAGGCGCAGACGUUUUCAAGAACCUGGCUGCCAAGGGCCUAAUAUCGAAUGACCAUUUCGUGCGCACGACCGACCAAGCCCACAAAGAUGCCGUGCAGUAUGCAUGGCACUUGCUGAAAUCGAGGGGAUACAUAUACAGCUCCAAGCACGAAGGCUGGUACUCCGUUAGCGACGAGACGUACUACCCUGACUCGGGAGUCCAUCUCAUCGUGGAGCCUGCCACCGGCCGGAAGAUCAUGGCCUCCGUGGAGACGGGCAAAGAGGUCGAGUGGAGCACCGAGAUCAACUACCACUUUCGCCUUUCUGCUUUUAAGGACCGGCUUCUGGACUUUUACCGCGAGAACCCCGGUUGGAUCAUCCCGCAAUUCCGCAUGGACGACGUCGUCAACGCCGUUUCCUCCGGCCUGGAGGACCUCUCCGUCUCACGCCCCACUUCUCGUCUCACCUGGGGAAUUCCUGUGCCCGAUGACGACUCUCAGACCGUGUACGUGUGGCUGGAUGCACUGCUCAACUAUGCGGCCAAAAUUGGCUAUCCUUGGCCCCCGGGCAAAAUGGAAUCCAGUGGCUGGCCGGCCGAUUGCCAUGUCAUUGGCAAGGAUAUCACGCGUUUCCACUGCAUCUACUGGCCCGCCUUCCUCAUGGCCUUGUCACUCCCCCUUCCCAAACGCAUCCUCACGACCGGCCAUUGGACCAUGAACAGCCAAAAAAUGUCCAAAUCCGUAGGAAAUGUCGUGGAUCCCUUCUUUGCUCUCGACCGGUUCGGAACCGACGCAAUGCGUUACUACCUCGCCCACGACGGAGGCAUCACCCAAGACGCGAACUACAGCAACUACUAUAUUGUCGAACGCUACAAGAAAGGGCUGCAUCGCGGCCUGGGUAACCUGGCCAGUAGAAUCGUGAAGGGGAAGGGCUGGAAUGUCAGGAGAGCAGUGGCUUCGGGCAAAGAGAACACGCCCAAAGGGAGAACGGAAAAGCAAAAAAAGGCGCGAGAGCAUUUUGAUGUCCUGCAAAAUCUUCCAGGUGCCGUGCAACGCAAGUUGCAGGAUCUCGAUGUGAGCGGUGGCUUGAAGACGAUCAUGGAAGCCGUCUACGAGACCAACCGCUUCCUCCAAGACGCUGCUCCGUGGGACUGCAUACCCAAGGACAAGCGCCCCGCAGCCAAUCAUUCCAUUGCGGCUGUCCCCGAACAGCAUCGCCCUCACGUGGACCGAACCAUUUUCCUCUGCGCCGAAUCGCUGAGAAUAUCAGCCAUCCUGUUACAGCCAUAUAUUCCCGGCAAAGCCGCGGAGCUGCUGGACAUGCUCGGUGUAGAUGAAGGAAGACGGAGCUUCCAGUUUGCAGAGGUUUGCAAAGACCUCGAAUACGGCAUUGGCUUUAGCAAAGUUGAUCUGGCCAAGACUGUGCUAUUCCCUCCUCUGGAGAUCGACGAGCUGAGCUGA